UAAGGGAGGCUGCGGCAUGGUCUCGUCCCCAGCUGGAGUCGGGUCAGCUGGUCAGCCAGUCGUAGGAGAGCCAGGCAGGGGAGUAGUCGCUCGUCCUGCUCCUCUUCUAUAAAUGCACUCUCUCUCGCUCAACCAUGCGGCAGGGAUUCUUACUUCUGUUUCUCUUUACCUUGCCGAUAUCAAUGAUAAUGUGGCUCUCCAAUGCCUUCAUAUCCUCGACUCUUGGAAUUGAGGUAGUUGAACCUGCUCGGUGGCUGAGUGCCACUUUGUUACCCAUACUUCUAGCUUGGUGGGGUCUUCGGCGACGCUCGUUGUCUUUCAGUGGUGCUGUGUCUGGUCUUGUGGUAGGGUUUCUGCUGACGUUAGGGAGCUAUGUCUUCUUCAUGAACCUUCUCGUGUUCUUUGUCUCGUCCUCAAGAGCUACUAAAUUUAAAUCUGCCAAGAAAAGAAAACUUGAGGAUAACUUCAAGGAGGGUGGUGAACGCAAUUGGGUGCAAGUAGUAUGCAAUGGAGGAGUGGCAAGUCUGAUGGCAUUGUUCUACAUGAUUGAUUGUGGCAUUGGAGAACACCCAAUUGACCUUGUCUACAAUUACCGAUGUUCCUGGCUUAGUUUAGCCAUUUUAGGAGCUUUAUCUUGCUGCAAUGGAGAUACCUGGGCCUCCGAGAUUGGAACAGUGUUAAGCACUGGAGAUCCUGUUCUGAUCACUUCUCUGCGGUCAGUACCACGAGGCACAAAUGGUGGGAUCACCUUCAUUGGUUUGGUUGUGAGCCUUCUGGGAGGACUUGUGGUGGGUAUUGGUCAUUAUCUAACACUGUUGAUGUGUGUGUCCAGCCCUGUCAUGAUCUCUGCACCACCACAGUGGCCAAUUAUCUUCGUUGGAGCUGUUGGGGGCCUAAUGGGUAGUCUUAUUGAUUCAAUACUUGGAGCUACCAUGCAGUUCUCAGGUAUGGAUUCAGAAGGAAAAAUUGUUGAAAGGCCUAAAGAGGGAGUGAUACCAAUCAGUGGGUCGUACAUCCUCGAUAAUCAUGCUGUAAAUCUUAUCAGCUCUCUCCUCACUGCUCUCUUCUUGCCACGGGUUGCACUUCUCAUCAUGUAGGGGUUGGUAGUUUACAUGUGGAGAUUGUUGUAGAUUGACCUUGUUUGUCAUAUUUUGUAAAUGGUAUUUAUAGCUUGUAAUGUACAGCAUAGGGCUUUGCAUUGAAGAAAAGAAGGGAAAGGAAAAGAAAGAAUGUUGACACAUUACAAUUUGGUUCUAUGGUAAGGAAAAUUAGAAAUAAUAUGGAAAGUUGGCAAUUCCAUGGUAACCAAUGUGUAUACUUGAAGUAUGUUGCUUUUGAAGGUAAAAAUUUUGACAGAAUCUCUCUUUCAAAGCAGAUAUUUUCAUUUGUUGGACUUGGGCUUUCAUUUGCCUUUAGAUCUGAUUAUUAUAUAAAAUUUUACAACAGGUAAAAACUUGUGUUUUCAUCAAUACUAAAUGAACUAAAUUGAGACAAUCUUAGACCACUUAAGUAAUUUUUAAAGCUGACAGUGUGUAUGAAUGAAACUUUCAAUAUUCAAUGAGUGCUUAAAUCUCUAUAAUGUAUUAAUAAACUGCUUUAAUUAUAUUUUGCUGAAUCUUAAGAAAGUCUUUUUUUUUAAUUCUUCACUAAAAGUAUUGAUGAUGUAGACCUCUUCAUGGCAGUAUUGUUUAUUUGUUUUUAUGUACACCAGCUGUUUCAUUGUUGUAUAGGAUGGCUACACACACACAUCCUUGCUAAGAUGUGAGUGUUACUGCUAGUUAAGACAAUGCUCAUAGGUGUUAAUGAACCGGUGUUGUAUGAUAUAAGGAGAGGCAAGGUUCUCAUUCUUACUGAAUGCAAGAUGAUGCUGGGAGUGUAUGGAUGCAUGUGUAUUUAUUCCACUGUUAAAUUUUGUUUUUGUCUGAAUCUCGGUGUAAUUAAGUUAAUAUUGAUAAAGCAUUUAAUUUGCCACAUAAUCUUUUAGAAAGAUUGUCACCAGUAGCUGCAAAGGCUAUACAGUACAUGAGUAUUUAUGAUCGCAUAUGAGAUGAGUGUAGAAUUUGGGUAAAUGAACAGCUGUACUGUGUCCUAGAUCAGCAAUUAUGUUUUUGGACUAAGGCAUAUGCUUUCAGAAAUAGUUAGAAGCAUUGUUGGGAGAGUAAAAAUAUGAUCCUUGUUGGGAGAGUAAAAAUAUGAUCCUUGUUGGGAGAGUAAAAACAUGAUCUUUGUUGGGAGAAUAAAAACAUGAUAAUAGCAUUUAUUGUAUGUGAAAUACUGAUUUAUUUUUUCUCUGGCAUUGAGCAUUGCAAGAAGAAUUUGUGUGUUUUAUGGGAACAAAUUUUAUUUGUAACAACUUUGCUGAAUAUCCCAACGUGAAGAGUUUAAAUAUUGAAAAUACUUUUAUAUGCCAGUUACACAAAAUUUAGUGCCGAGGUGUAAUCAGGUGUACAUAGCCUGUAUUGUUGUGCUAGGUGCGAAAGUUAAACUUGAAGAUGUAUUACUGAGAAUACGAGGAAAUGUCUUGGUAUGUGGUACUAAAAAUUAUUAGUCAUAGAAAUACAUUCAUAUGUUUUGUUUUCAUAAUAUUCAUGAAGAAAAUGUUUUUGGUGACAAUCUAGAUAUGCAUUCAGAAUAAUGUAAAUAUUUUUUCAGAAUAUAAAAAAUAUUUUAAAGCUGUAUGAUUAAUGCCAUAGUCCUUUAAUCAGUAUUUUUAUGUAUUUUUUGCAUAUACAGUAUAGCUAUGUCAGCUCACUAGUGCCUAGUGGUGGAGGAUUCCUAGAACAGAUUGCCUGGUUAUGGGCUUCUACCAGUUUGGAGUUUUAACAUAUAAUUUGCAACGAAUGAAAUAGAGAAAAGUGAUGAUUCUUAUAAACAGGGAAGAAUGCUCCUCUAGGCCAGAUUUUGUAUUACUAAGUACUAACACUACCUUUUUGCUGAUACUAAAACGUGUUAUCUGUAGUCUAAUAGUAAAUGUUCCAAUGACACUAAAAUGUGUCGUCCAUCUCGAAAUUCCAGAAUUUUUUUAGUAAUAAUGUGACCAACCAAAAUAUCAGGAGAUCAUCUAGAGAUCACCUUGGCCAACUGUCUUAUCACUCAAGACAAUAAGUGAUCUGCUUGUGAGAAUAUUCUUUAGAAAUUGCCUGCCAGGAAAGUAUAAAAGUUGUUUUCUUUUCUACAGUAACACAGACCAAUUUUGUGUGGGCAUUUCCACGUGUUUAAUUUAUAUUUAUGUUGAAAAAUAAAUAAGGAAUGUUGAAAUGUUCAUAAGAAUUUGUAUAUUCAGCACAAUCAUGCAAAUUGUAUUAUCAAAUCGCCUUUCUUUUGCUUUUGUACUAGCAAACUUAUUUGUGAACUCUUUGAUACCAAAUUUAUAGUAAUAAUCCAAAAACUGAGGAAACGUUCAGAAUACAGUAUAAACAUUUAAGAUGUUGCUUAGUGGGACCCCAAGAUGCCCAGAAUGUUUACAGUUGGGAAUGUGCUGGCGGGUUGGAACAUGAAAGUGCUAAGUUAUUAAGUUUCCACAAAUUACUUGUAUACAGUUGCUUGAAACUGUAUUGGGCCUAACAAGUGCAACAUAGGUCUUUAGUCUUGGUCACCAUACCAUACAAUGGACUUAAAAUCAUCUGAAUGUGUGCAGUGAAAGAUGACAAUUUUAGUCUUUGUAACUGGAAAACUAUCUUAUGAGGAGAAUAGAAAAAAUGCUAUCAUCUUCCUUUCUUGUGUGGAGGUUGGUUUAUUUACUUAAGACUAAAAAAAAGCUUAAUUUAAAAUUCUCUAGAUAAAGAAUAAGGGGUGACAUGAUUUAAGUACAAAAUAUAAAUGGAUAAAAAGAGUAUAACAAAAGGAGCUAUAAUUAAGGCUUCAAAUAUUGACAAAAUAGAACACUGAACUUUGGACAUAAAUUGUUUAUGUUUAGAUUAAAAAAAAUCUUGACUAAAUAACUGGUUUGGAAAUACUGUACAGUUGUAGAUUUCUGGAUCAAAUUUCUUGGUAAUGUAAUAAUCGUAGGAGUACAUAUAAAUGAGUCUGGCUGGAUAGUCUCAUUAUGGGUCAGUAUAAGCUCUUUGCAGUGUUCUUUAUUCCCAUGUUAUGAUAGGACAUGUAUCCUUUCACUUGGUCUUUGUUCACCAAGUAGUAAUUAGGUACUCAAAAUUAAGAUGCCUGUUGUGGGUUGCAUCCUGGAAAAAGUCAAUAGUUGGUCUAAGGGACCCUUGUAACUGGCUUCUUGUCCCCAGCAGUUAGGAAGCAUAUGCAUAGUGUACCAUAAUAUGGUAUAUCACCUUGAUGCACAAACUGUUUUAACCCUUCCACUGUUUGGAUAGCUCUCAGACUUCUUAUCAGUAAAUAGCACACUGAUAGAAUCUCUAGUGAUGUCUCCACAAGUAGCAGGCUUUAUAUAGUUGUCAAGAUAACAAGUUUGCUUGAAUAUAAGUAGAUGGCCCUGGAACUUGCAGAAGCUACUGAAAAUAAUCCAAUAUUUUUUGGUAUGAAUAUUCCAUUUAUAUAGAUCUGACAUGGAGAGUCCUUGAUGAUAUCCUAUGACAGUGACCAUUUUCCCAUCCUCCUUUCCCCUUGCAUUUCUGCUCAACUCUCUUCCCUUCAGUGGUGGUUUGAUAUAUUGUACUGAAAUCUUUUCACUCUUCAUAUUGCUCUUCUGUGCCCAUCUGAUGUCUCCUUUGCUCCCUCUUUUUCAUAAUACAGUACCACAAUGGCUGCUAUUAUCUGCUCUGUUCCUCGCCAUGCCUCCCUUGGCAUGCUGAAGUGUAUUCCUUGGUGGAACUUGAACAGUGCUCUGGCUGUAUUCUAUAAUCAUGUAACCUGAAAGAGGCACUAACACUGGAUUACACCUGAAUCUUCUAUUCUGUUUUGGAAGGCAAGUGUGGUGGCCCAUAGACUAUCCAUACAGCUAAACACGACAGUUGGAGAUCCUGCUGUUGACCUCCCUCUCCCUCAUAUCUGGGAGGAAAUCCAUAAGAUUGUGGCUAAAUUUGUUUUAGACAUGUUGCUUGUCAAUCUCCAUGAUGCCAUUGUGUAAAAAUAUUUUUAUUGAUCGUGAAGGAAUUGGAUUUGCACUUUUUAGCCCCGAGCUCUGAUACUCGUCUUCCUCCUUUCCUUACUCAUAAGCCUUGAAUCUCGCCCCUUGUACUUUUGCACUCACCUCCACUAUAAUGAUGGUUGGGCACAUUUCCUAUUAUCUAAUGCAUCUGUUCACCUAGCAGUAAGUAGGUACUUAGGAGUUAGUCAGCUUAUUGUGGGGUUGCAUUCUGGGUGGGGUGAGUAAUUUGACCUUUGGGGGAGCUUAAUGUGUAUGAAUACACGUUAUGCCUGUCCUCCAACACAAUGAAUUACUGUAUUAUAUUUUUGAUAACGCUCCCUUGAUGUCCAUUUGUUCUCAUAUUGGCAUCUUUUGUGAAAUUUAGUGCAUUUUGAAUAUACUGUACAGUGACACAGAUGGUGCUCAGUCUUCCCAGCUUGGUGCCUUCUUUUGAUAAUUACUGUGCUUACUUUGGUAUGAAUAUAACCAAUUAAAACUUAAACAAUUACCAUUUGUCAGCACUGUAUGUAAAUUGUUGUAUUUAUUGUUCUAACAGUAAACUAUUUUGGAUUUGUAAUAUUUAAAUACAUUUUAUUUUCUAAAGCAUAUGCAGUAACUUGUGUAAUACUGAGGGUAAAGGUAAAUGACUUUCUCUCAGGCAGCUAUCUCAAGUAUCAACAUCCAACAAAUUCCUCAGAUGUAAAGCUAUAAUCCUCUCAAAACAUAAUCAAGUAAUUGAUUAUGAUAAUGAUCUUUCAGAGAGAUUCUUUCAGAUUCUUUCAGACAAUAAUCUUUCAGAGAGAGCAUCCUUAAUUUAUAAAAAAGCCUCGAGUGUUUCAGUUCUAGUCGUAGCAAUGUUACUCUGCAAUAAAUCACUUGAACUCUGAGACUUCCCCGAUAUCUAAAAUAAAAAAAAAGGCUAGAGUCGGCAGACAAUAAGUCGCAAUAAUGUGGCUGAAAAUUAGACACCCAACCCACAAAUCUGAAGAUAAAGGAAAUGACAACAUUUCAGUCCAUCAUAGACCAUUAUUAAGUCAUGUAAUAAUAAAAAUUUGUAGAGAAGUUAGGCAACGUUGAGUCUCAAGGCCACAUACUGCAGAAACUUAGAAAAAAAAUAGCAGAUAACACAAAACAACUUAAAGGCCUUAAGAAUCAUGAAUAAAUCUACUUACAGGAAGGAAAUUGUAUAGUUGACUAUUAUAUGUAAUGAUCUGUGUUAUGAUUUAUUUCUAAUUUGUUUGAAUUUAGGUAUGCCACCUUGUUACUGUAUUAAAGCUUUCAACCUUUUA